AUGAAGCUCAGGGGCAUAUGUAAGGGACAUGAAGCCACCUCAGCCAAGGGUUCAAGAGGAGUCAAAGUGAGCCAGACAUCAUUUUCAGACAGACAACUAGAGGCAAAUAAUGAUCUGCCAGGUCCGACCCCUACAGUUUCUCCUGUUAAGUGCCAGCAAGAAGCUGUAACUACACGAAGACAUGAUGAUGAUGAUGAUGAAGAGGAUGGAGAUCUGCCAGGUCUGACCCCUACAAGUUCCCCUGUUGAGCACCGACAGGAAGCUGUAACUACACAAAGACGUGAUGAUGAUGGUGAUGAGGGUGAUGAUGAGGAGGAUGGAGAUCUGCCAGGUCCGACCCCUACAAGUUCUCCUGUUAAGUGCCAACAAGAAGCUGUAACUACACAAAGACAUGAUGAUGAUGGUGAUGAGGGUGAUGAUGAGGAGGAUGGAGAUCUGCCAGGUCCGACCCCUACAAGUUCUCCUGUUAAGGGCCAACAAGAAGCUGUAACUACACAAAGACAUGAUGAUGAUGGUGAUGAGGGUGAUGAUGAUGAAGAUGGAGAUCUGCCAGGUCCGACCCCUACAAGUUCUCCUGUUGAGCACCGACAGGAAGCUGUAACUACACAAAGACAUGAUGAUGAUGAUGAUGAUGAGAGUGAUGAUGAUGAGGAUGCUUCAAAAGUGCACAGAAAGAGACCCUGUUCUGCUGAGGAGAGAACUGCUGUCAAGCGGCAUAGUUUGUAGCUCUCAGGAAAGUACCAGCAAAAGAUGACUGCCUGAUCUGUAUCGGUAAAGAGUCUCCUACACUUAACACCAGAAUAUGUGUAGACAUUAAAUACUUUGUCUAUAAUGAGAUAGUUAAAAUGAAGUAAAAGGUGGUAUCAUAAACUAAUCUAAUGUUAAGGGAUAUGCUGCAGAUCUGUUCACUAAGAACCACAUUGCCAAUGUUGAAAUGUUGUACCGAGUUGGCAGUUUUUUGUUUCUAUUGUUUCUAUGAGAACAACUGACAAACAUGAUUUCUGAAAGUUUUUCUUUGCAAUGUUUUGCAAUAAAAUGCACAAUUAUGUGGGGCCUUGCUGAUUUGUCAGCUUUUCUUUUCAUGAAUGUUCAGCAAUCAAAAAUACACCCAAUUUAAAAAUGUUCUUAUUGACAGUAAAUUUAUAACAAAUGAAACUGCCUAUUGAGGAUUACAUGUUUUAAAAUUAAACAUUUCAUAAUUUCAUAAGGUAAGAACAGAGUAUUAUACCAUGGAAUUAUGCCAAACCUGUCUUCAGUAGGCCUAGAAUAAGCAUAUCAGUUAAUAAUCCCAGUGAAAUACUCUAAAACAAUAAUCUCACAAACUAAGUUUCUGGUCCCCACUUAGUUGGUUAAAAUCUUUUAUCUGAAACUUUGUGUUUCACAAAAUCUAAGGUGGUGUAUAGGUUAAGGGUGCCCUCUACUGUCAAGAAAUGCUAUUUUUAUGUUGGUCUGUAGAGUGGAAGUGCCGGUCCUCGCUUUGUGAGUCUUUUUCAUCGGACCUCACUAUGCAGCAAGUACAAGAAUGUGUGUGUGUGUGUGUGUGUGUGUGUG